CUUCAACUACUCUCUAUGACCAUUCUUCCAUACACCAUCAUUGUGCCGCAUAUUGCUUCUCACCUUUAGAAUGUCACCUGUGCAUUUUCGUCGAACGGAUACAGAACAGUAUUUGGAAUAGUGAAGGCCUAUGUCUCCUUUCUUAGCCAUGUAUCACAUCCAGCUGCUGGUAUGUGCGCUCAGCUUGCUGGCCUGUGCGCGGGGAGCGACCAUCGAUUGCUGGACUGGAGCCCAGCAGUUGCCCCUGCGUGUGCGAGAAAUUGUGCUGGUGCUGCUGCCAAGCCAAUCAGCUUUAGCUGGCGCUGCGGAGGGGCGUCAGCCUGGCGAGGGGCUUACAGUCCUCCUCGAGGAGCAUCGCAAGUGGAUGUCGCGCGGCGUGACCGUGGUAUCAGCCGUGCGCUCCUCCAACUCUGAGGCAAUUACUGCCGCCGAUGACACAACGUCAACGGCAUCCGGUCGCUGGCUAGAAAUUGACCUGGACGGCUGGGCAAAGUUCGGGGGCGACCCCGCAGCUACCUCGGCAGUUGCUCCCUCGGCAGUGGCCGCGGCGCUGGCACCGGGCCGUGCAGCAGCCGCGCUGUCGGCGGCUGGAUUGCAAUCUUCCUGGCGCUGGCUGUUCAUGUUGCCCGUUGACAGCCUGGCAAACCUGGAUGCGCUUCGGGUGCUGCUGGACGGCUGGGACCACACCCUGCCGGCGGCCGUGUCCGACUGCCUCGUGCCCACGCCCUCCGCCGCCGACGGCAGUAGCAGCAGCGAUAACGGCAGCGGCGGCGGCGAUGGAAGCAGUAGCAGCAGUGGUGGCAAUACCGGCGGAGGCAGUAGCUCAGCAGGAAAAGGAGCGGGGGAAGGGGCGGGGGCAGGGGAGGGCGGCGGGGCCCGCUGCUGCUGCCGCGCCGGCGGCCGCGCCUGCCGCGGCCGCCGCACGCCGCCCGCCGUGCUGUCCGCCGCCGGCGGCGUGGCACUCAGUCGCGGCCUGCUCUACCCCUGCCCCGCCAACGCCAUUAGCAGCAGCAGUAGCGGCAACGGCAGCGGCGGCAGUAGCAGCAGCAGCAGCGGCGGCAGUAGCAGCAGCAGCAGAGUCGGCAGUCGCAGCAACGGCGGCCACCGCAGCGCAGCGCAGCUGCUGUGGGGCGGCGGCGCUGCUAACGCCGCCGCUGGUGGUGUCACCAGUGGCAGCAACGUGUCGCUGACGCCGCCGGCUCUGGCGGCGCUGGCCCACUUCCUUGCGGCCUCGGAGCCGCUGUCGGACGGGUCGGGCUUUGACGUGCUCAGCCGCCUCCUGUACUACAGCGGCCUCGCCAUCACCACGCCACACCCGCACCCACACGCCGCUUCCUCGUCCUCGGGCGGCGGCGGCGGCGGCGGCGGCGGCGGCGGGUUGGUGCUGGGUCGGCACCGCUUCGGCGGCCACUCCGCCACCUACACGUUCCGGGGCCUGGACCAAGCGGCGGCGCUGUGUGGGGGCGCUACUGCCGCCGCCACCACGGCUACUGCCACCGCCGCUACUGCCACCGCCGUUGCUGCUACAGCCGCCGCUGCGCCGCCAUGGUGCAGCCACGUGCUGUGGGGCGUGGUCAGCACCCCAGUGGCGGCCGGGCCACCGGCGGGGGCGCCCGGCGGGGCUGCUGCAUCUGCAGCUGCUACUGCCGCUGCAGCUGCUACUGCCGACACCGGCACGGCGCCGCGAGCGCAGCUGCUACUGCCGCCGCAUAUGUACGAAUCCCUGUGGGCCGCCCUCAACGCCACCUCAGCUGCUGCUACCGCCUUCACCAGCACCGGCAGUAGCAGCGACGGCGCAACCGGCAGUAGCAGCGACGGCGCUGGCACGGCGCUACAGCCGUCCUCCUCUGCAUCCUCCUCCUCCUCCCAGGCGGCCGGCCGGCGCUACUACAGCGGCCUUGUGUGUCAGUCGCCGCUGCCCAGCUGCCUGGCACUGCCCGGCGCCUGUGUGGGCGGCGGCGCGGGGCCGGAGCCGCCCUGUGCGGUGUGGCGGCGCGGGCGGUUCGACUGGGGCGCACCGGAGCCGCACUACGAGUGGGAGAACUUCCUGGACUGGCGCGGGUCCCACAACCCGCACCACUUCGGCUGGCGAGUGCCACUGGCGGGCUACCACCGCCCCGGCACCGCGCCGCCCGACCUGCCCGCGUGCAAGGAAAUGGACGUGCCCGGGUUCUGGGGCCGCGGACGCUGGAUUGCACACGUGCCGCACCCGCACCCGCAGCCAGGACAGCAGCAGGACCCCGCGGCGGCGGCGGCGGCGGCGGCAGCGGGGGCGGCAGCGGGGGCGGCGGCGGCGGGGGCGGCGGCGGCGGUGCGGCUGACGGCGGCGGAUGUGGCGUCUGAGCGGCUGCGGCCGGACGCGGAGAACAGCACGUGUGGCUUCCACCGACUGAGCCGGGCGGGGCUCAUGCGCUGCUUCGCCGGCAAGCGGGUGUACUUUGUGGGCGACUCCCUGGCUCGCCAGAUGUACUCGCGCCUGGUGUCGCACCUGCGCGGCAUCGAGGCGUCCGUGGAGCACGCGGAGGCGCAGGGGCAGCAGCAGGGGCGGCGGGUGCUGCGCGGGCGGGUUGAGACCGACCGGCGGCAGCAGCAGCAGCAGGCGGCAGCAGCAGGGGGAACAGCAGUAGCAGCAGGGGCAGUAGCAGGUGGUGACGGGGAGGGGGAGCUGCUGCGUCUGGGGUUCUUCUGGCUGGAGUCGGUGGCGCGCUGGCAGGAGGUGUUGCCGCAACUGGCGCCCGACGUGUUCGUGUUCGGCGGCAUGCGCUGGCACGAUGAUCCCCGCGGCCCGGACGCGGCCCUGGCCGCCGCCACCGCCGUCGUGUCCCAUGCCGCCGCCCUGCCCGCCAGCACCACCAGCAGCAGCACCGGCGGCAGCAGCACCAGCAGCAGCAGUAGCGGCAGGCCCCGCCUGGUGGUGUGGGCUCCCUUCGGCUACGGCACCAAGCCCGACAACGUGACUGCCGCCUGGGCGGCGCGGCUGCGGCGAUGGGCCGCCGACAUGGCCGCCGCACACCCGCCGCCGCCGCCGGGCGGGGGGUCGGGCGGCGUGCGCGUGCAGGUGCUACCGGCCGACGCCAUGAGCCGCACCGCGCCCUUCCUUCGUGACUAUGGCGAGGAGAAGGCCACGCACUGGGGCUGUGAGUACCAGCUGGCCUGGCCGGGCGCCAUUGCCAGCGCCAAGACGCCGGCGGACGGGGACUGCACCGACCUGUUCGACUUCAACAGCGUUCAGAUGGUCGCAAGCACCUACUGCUCCAGCUAGGUUAUAGCUAAGAUUAGGUAGAUGAGGUAGAGGAGUUAAGUUAGCUAGCCGUGGGCUGUAAAAUGGCUAGCUAGCAAGCGGCUACUGCAGGCACUCAGUUAGCUAUCAACGAAUGUUGGGAGGGCUGCCAGAACGCAUGAGCGGAACGGAAAGUUGGAGUAAUGUGUUUGGAAUCAUGCGAUAGGGGGAACUGUGUAUGCAAUGCUUGAGCGGUCGUGCGUGUAUGUGUGUGUAUGUGUGCGUGCGCGGGGCACUGCCAGUUGUUGAGGACGUGAGCCAGGGGAGCUGACGGUGAUGAUUCGCCUGGCGGGUUGGAGCGGGUUGGAAGCGGGUUGGAGGCGGGUUGGAGGCGAGUGAGCUGCCUGUGGGGGAUCACGAGGGAGAGAGAUGAGAGAGAGCGCGUGCGCAUGCAGUGGAGUGGAGUGUGAAGGAUCGUAUCAUGGAUUCAUGGGGUGUGGAGGGCGACAGGGCGCGCUUGGAGCCGUGGCGGCAGGGGCUGGCGGUUAAGGCGGAGGACGGGCAUGCCGCAUGCGGUGUGGCAUGUGUGUGUGCAGGCGCUGCGGUGGUGGUGGCGCUGGUGAUGGCGGUGGCGGCGAAGGCUGGAGGAGUGGGCGUAGGGGAGGGAGCGCAGGUCCAACGGGCGGAGCUGUGAGGCCGUGGGGUUCUGAUUCAUUCAGGGACUGGGACAUGUAGCCAACUCGGGAUCUGAUAACGGC